CUAGCGCAAACUGUUGAAAGUCACGUGGAAAACAAUGUAUAAACAGAAGUGCCAGUAUAAGUUAUAAAAGUAUAUUGUUAAAGUAUUUGAAAGCAGUAAUAUGUCUUCAGAAUAUCUCAACGUUCUAAACCGUGUUUCAUCUGCAGAAGAGGUGGCGGUUUCAUUGCAAAAGCAUAUGAACAAGUUAAAAGGAGAGUACAUGACAGAAGUUGGGAAAGGAAUCAACUACACAGAUCUGCGGGAGAGUGACUUAUUCCAGAGGUACCUUCUGGUAUCACAGCAGCUCAGGGGAGUAAACCUCGCCUCCCUCAGUGAAGAAGAAAAAAAGGCUUUUUUCAUCAGUAUCUUUUUUAACUGACAUUUUGUGCAGGAUGUUUCCCCUCUUUUCUGUAUUGCAGAGUGGCACGUGGCUGUACAGUAGGAUUUGAUUUGUCUGAUUCAAGGUAAUAAAUACAGUACAUCUUUUAUCCCUACCUGCCAGGCCUUAUAGGCAUACUUCAAUUUAGCAGCUGGGGGCUUUGCUCUUUAAAUCCACAUAUGCUGUAAGUUUUACCUACCUACCUCUGCAAACUGAAGUCUUGUUGUGAGGUGCCCUCUUUUCACCUCUGCCCCACCUCAAUCACAGUAUCCUGGAGAUCACACCUUUUUGCAUUUUACAUUCUAAAUCUUAAAACUUUUCCUGAUCUAAUUAAUUGAAGGGACACUAAAAAGGAAGCACAUUCUUUUGUAUGGAGUAUGGCAGUGUGUGUGUGAUACAAUUAAGUGGUUGCAGGUUUUUUUAGAAAGGCAAUUACUAGACAUGCUCAGAAGGGGUCAGCUUCCCUUUACUACGUGCUUGAUAAUUUUGCAGUUUAUCACGAUUAUCCUAUACUCAGUGUAGUCAUUUCCAGUACCAUGCUGUAAUAUGCUUUUUUUUUUUUUUUUUUUUUUUUUAGUGUCUUAGCAUACUUUUCUGGGCUUCUAUGCUUUUACUAGUUGCUUCACUAUCUUGAGGUUAGAGGUCCUAAGAUUCAGCUGAAUAUUACUUUGGCAGGCACUUUCAAGAAACACCGAUAGAUGUUAUAUGCAUGGCACCAUGCCAUGUUCACUAAAAUCAUCCAUCAAGGAUAGCUGUAAGUGGCAUUAAUACCUUCAUAAAGUGGAACUCUGUUUAGUCACUGAAUAACAGCUCCUUCUAGGCUACACUGUUAUUGUUUUACUAUAUGAAUACUUCCUGCGAUUAAUUUUUAAACAUGCAAAAGAAAAUGUCCUUAACAACCUUUAUUACAAAUGUUUACAAUGCACUUACUAUUCAUGGUAUAGCAGCUUCUGAUACUAUACCCCAGUCAGUGUUGGAAAUUGACAAGUUCUGGGAGACCACGGCGUACAACGUCGGAGGUUUUAACCUGUCUUUGGAUGACAUUGAGCAUGGCAUACUCAGAGGUAAUGCACCACACCCAUCUAGGACUCAGCCACAGUUUGACUCCAAAGAUCCUCGACUCCAGUUUUCUCUCAGGGACCGUGACCCAAGGGUUCACUUUGCACUUGUGUGUGGUGCUAAGUCCUGUCCUGCUGUUAGUGUCUAUACCACUGAGAAUUUAGAAAGGACAUUGAGCAGAGCUGCUGAAAGCUUCUGUCAGCAGGAAGUACAGGUGGAUAUAUCCAAAAAACAGGUCACAAUGUCUAAAAUCUUUCAGUGGUACAUGACAGACUUUGCAUCGUCCCCAAAGGAGCUAGUGAGGUGGGUUCUUCAGUAUCUUAACCGUGACCAAGUGGAAGCUGCAUCUCUGCUUCUCAGUGACCCUGAUCUGCAGGUCAAUUUUUCAAGCUAUAACUGGCAGCUGAACAAACUCUAGACUGGGCACAUGAAGUUACUGUGCAAUUGUUUCAGUAGUAAAAUCUAUUUUCUUUCAUGCACAUGUUAUUUCAACACAUUCAUAAAAAAGGAAAGCUGUGGAAAAACAUUGCUUUUACUUGUCUUUUGCUGCGGUACAUUGUUACAACAGUUUAGUCUAAUGGUAAUUUACUUAGAGGAAGAAUAAGAGAUCACUGCACAUUUUUAAAGAAAAAUAAAACUGUUGUAGAAUAAUGUAGGUUUUUAAAUUUCUCGCGAGCAACAAUUUUACUCCUUCAUGUAACUAAGAGGUUGUUAUGUCAUAAAGCUUUUUCUUUUCCCAAAAACAACUUUGGGGGGAAUAAAAAAUAUGCUUGAUGACACAUCAAAAGCACAAAUGUGUAUGUAUGUUUUGGGGUAAAAAUUUGCUUUAUGAAAUAUCAAAAGCACAAAAGGUGUAUCUGCUAUUCCUUUCGAGUUCUGGGGUCCUGAAGGGAUGCCAUUUCUGGCCUGACUUCCAUGUUUGGGGAUUUCGAACUCAGAAACCAGUUCCCCUGUGUCACUGUCAUUGCAUGUGUAGUUGUCAUUGUCAGAAUACCAGGAGAAACUACAGUGAAGACAAUAACUAGAGUGGAUCAAGAGUUCUAAGAGUACAAUGCAAAAUAAUUUGAGAUGGAGAGGUGGGGAUCACAGGUUCAUUCGAUGUUGAAUACCCCAUAGUAAAUAAAGGUACAGAUAUCUGUCUUAGUUGAGGUUUAGGAGGUUCAUUUUGGACAGAGACAACCUUGUUUUGAUUUUGCUACACAUCAGUGGAAGAGGGGUAGCAAUUGGAGCUGAAGAGGACAGAAUGGAGACUAAAAAGUGGGGGCGAAAAGGACAGAGAUAUGUUAUAGAGUUUCAUUUUGUGUGCAUCUUCACAAGUCUUCACACUUUUUUUGAUGACCAAGUCCAGUCUUAUAUAGUAGUACUCAGAUCUUGGAUUUUGUAAAAAAAUUUUAAGGCUACAUUUUAUUAUAUUACAUUUUAUUAAUAACAUUUUACUGUCUCUCCAAAGAUAUGUUUGAGUAGAUCUACAAGCAUCAAGCAAAAUAUUAUGGUAUCUGGAGAUUUUUGAUUUUUGGCAGAUUUGUCAUGCAUUCAAGUAUUGUUUUGGUGAGGCUAAACUCCCACAUAGU